GUGUUGGUUUUCACAGCUUUGCAUUCGCGAUCAUACUGCGCUUCACCACGGAAGAGACUUGUGCAAAGACCAGUGUCAGCUGCUUUGUGCAGCCUUUCGCGUACCUUUUGCCCGCAGAAGCACAACACUAUGCCCAAUGACCAGCACGUGAAUCCGAAAGAGGACACAAGCAUGGCUUCGCUGCAAUCAGCCCCCAGGGAAGACAAGUGCCUCGUGCCCUCGUCCUUGCCCUGUGACACCGAGCCAUCAAUGUUACCUGUGGCGAACGACCAACCUGCUUCCAAGAACUCGAGCCAAAAUGAUAGAGAGGACGAGGUGACAUGCUCCCAGGACAAUAGAACGCCAUCACUGCCAGCGCCUGCACUGGUAAGCGGCUCCGAGAAUGAACCCGCGGAUGACAACGCCUCGCAAGGUACGCCUACUGAUAGCUCCAACGAGGAUGGGAGCAACGGGCCCAUGUGCCGAAUCUGCCAUGAAGGCGACCAAGAAGAAGCGCUCCUGUCACUUUGCAAAUGUUCUGGCACCAUAGGCUUCAUGCAUGUGUCCUGCCUCGAACAGUGGAUUAACCAGAAGAAGGUGGACUCCUGCGAACUCUGCGGUGAGCGUUUCCCACUGGAGGCCCAACGCAACGACGUGCUCAGGUUCAUCCGGUGGGUUUACAACAGCAGCAUGCCGCUGCGGCGAGCUUUGCUGUGGGACUUUUUAUGCUCGGCAGGCUUGAUAAUUCUCACUAUAUUUUUGAUCAUUUUCUCUCUGUACUGGGUGGUGUCUGAAUGGCACGAGUUGAAGACUGUUUGCAGUUGGGGUUAUAACAGCCUAAUAGUGUAUGUGUUCGUCUGCUGCUUACUCUAUUUAUACGUAAUUAUGAUGGACAGGUUAGGCAAUUGGCAAAUUACGUUCCAGGCGUGGCAGUCUUCGCACUCGGUGCGCCGAAUCUUGGUAGUGCCGUCCCAAAGAGAAGUGAGUGUUGGUCGUAUAAACGACGGGCGGGCAGCCGCAGGGCCAGUGACACCGGGUCUGCGUCACCGCCGCUAGAAUCAACCGAUGACGGAACGCCACGAAGGCGGCGACAAAUUCAAACCGCUUCAACCAUCACGGAGAACUCUUGGCAAGAAUAAUUCAUAUGUAUAGUGACGACGUGCUUAAAGCCAGCAAUGGUUUUAGGUCUUCGCGGAAUUUGUGGUUUGUCAGCGCUUAUGACAUCAAUGUUAUUCAUGAGUCUUGCAUUAGAUGAUGUUACGCUAUAUUAUACAAUUCAUUUCCUGUGCAUGUGCUAGAUACUCAAGUCAUCAUCUGUUCUUUUGGCAUUUAAUUACUCCCCGUACUCGGAAUAAAAACAUGGUUUUAAUCUAUCA